UGCGUGGGGUGGGUGAGUGGGGAUGUUCCUUCCUUGUGCUGGAGCCUGGGUGCUCCUUUCCUGCCACAGGCCUCUCGCUGUUCCACGGGCCUGAACAGUGAGCACGACGUGGCCCUGCCCUGCAUCGGGAGGCUGGUGGCAGUGAGCGGCUUCACCAAGGCCAAGGUGCUGACGGCCAGCUCCACCCUCAAGUUCAUCCCGGAGCAGCUGGUCCUCUACUGCCGGGACUUCCGGGUGCUGCGGUUCCGCUUCCCCGACAGCGGCGUGGAGCCUGGGGCCUUUCAGGUGAGCGUCUGCCAUGGCAGCUGGGGGGGCCGGCUGCCCUCCAGGCCCGCUCGGAACCAGUUCCCCUCCAACUCCGCUUCCUCCCGCAGCCUCCCCAAGUACCUCUGGGUCCCCAGCAGGCUCCUGGACAACGAGCUCAAACGGGCCUUCGCCCACUUCAACGCCAGGCGUGUCCCGAGGCUGUGCUGGCAUCACCCGGGGGGCAGCGACCUGCUGAGAGCCGCCGGGUUUCACGCCGACUCAGACCCCGAGAAGGAAGACAUGAGGUCCAUGGAAGCGCUGAUGCUGGCCGGCCACGCGCAGUGCGUGAUCGUGGAGACGGCCGCCCACCUGCCCAGCCCUGCCGAGAUCCAGCUCGCUGCCCUCAAGCUCCGGGCCCUCUGCCUUCCUGACUCCGCCGUGGCCGUGGCCGACGAGAAGUGGCUCUCUGCCCUGGAGGGGACACGCUGGCUGGACCACGUCAGGGCUUGCGUGAGGAAAGCGAGCGAGGUGGCCGUCCUGCUGGCAGAGAGGUCCUGCUCUGUUGUCCUGCAAGAGUCCGAAGACCGGGAUCUGAACUGCCUGCUGGCCUCCCUGGUCCAGAUCCUGUCGGAUCCGCAUGCCCGCACCCAGGCUGGCUUCCAGAGCCUGCUGCAGAAGGAGUGGGUGGUGGCAGGACACCCCUUCCUCCAACGCCUCAAUCUCUUCCGGGACAGCGACCGCGAGGAGUCACCAGUGUUUCUGCUUUUUCUGGAUUGCACGUGGCAGCUGUUGCAACAGUUCCCAGCAGCCUUUGAGUUCACAGAGACGUACCUGGUGGCCCUUCACGACAGUAGCUACAUCCCCUUCUUCAGCACUUUCCUAUUUAACUGCCAGUGGGAGAGAGAUCGGAGGAAUCGGCACCAGGCCUCCAACCAGAUCUACGCGCCCGUCAACGGCUGGCGGGAACCCCCAUCCCUGGAGAUCCUGCAGGAGGGUGACCGCCUGGCGAAGGAGGGGGGGGGCUGCCGCUUGCCCAGCCUCUGGGACUGGGCACUGCGCUACACCCCCCAGCAGAGGGCGCGGUUCAGGAAUCCCGCCUAUGUCGGGCACAGCACCAGCGUUCCCAACGGCAGCUCUGCCCCACUAGGGGGCGACAAGCUGGAACCUGCUUUGUCCAGGAAUGGGGCCGUGUACCUGUGGACCAAGGGGGCCCUCUCGCCGCAGACCCACCUCUUCCCCUGGAAGAACGGUGCUCAGUCCUCAGAGAGCCUCGGUGAGCAGGAGCGGCCCUUGAGGCGCAAAUCCAGCAGCUGCCCCUUUCAGCCUGAAGGGCUCCUGCUCCCUGCGUCUGCGGGGCCCCUGAUCCGGCUCUGGAGGAGGUGCUACCUGCGCGGGAGCCAGGAAGUGCAGCACGGCCUCUUUGCCUCCACGCUCGCUGAACUCACGGAGGAGCUGGGCCGGCUACGCCAGCGGCUGGGCGACUAGCACACCCCCGGGGCGACUCAUCGCGGCGACAGACCGGGGCGCUGGUGGACGUGCAGACCCUCCCUUCACUGUCCUGCUGCAGCAUCAUGCGGAGCUGGGAGGGAACCCCGGGCAGAACGAGAUCUGUCCGCCGGGCCAGCGGAUGGGCAGCCUGGGACUGGUGCGAACAGCUUCAACGGGACCCUGCUGUCUCCCCUGAUACUGAAGCUGCCUCUUCUUCUGCAGCAGCAAGAGAGGGAACCGGGCAGCCCCGUUCACCUCCCGGGCUUGCACCCAGCGUGCUGGAUGCUCAGCUCGCUCCCAAGGGCUACCUGUCGCACUGCUCCCGGGCCCAGAGCCCCCACGCAGCCUGCUCAUGCUGGGUGUUUGGCCGGGGUGCGGCUCAGCUCUGGGUGGGAACCCAACGAUCCAGCGUGCUGCUCGGCAAAGCCAAUCACGUCGGGUUUUGCUACGGCCGGGCGGGGGGCGGGCACGUUUGUCUCCAGCCGUAAGGAGGGGGCGGACGUGCCGGGCCGUGGGUGUGCACUGCUGCGCAUUUGGAGUCGCGUCUCUGCUCUCUGAUCUUCCGCGCCCCUUCACCCGCCUUGCUUCCCUGAUGCAACACCGUCCAGUGGUCCUGGCUCCUCUAUGCUCUUUCAGCCAAAUACUGAUGCGGCGGGGACCCCUCCCACCCCCGGAAGCAGAUCCUGCCAUGUCAGAGGGGCAGCAUGUGGGUCGGAGAGGUUCAAGAGACCACUCUCCAUGCUCCCGCCCCAUCCUCUGGAUUAUUGCUGGCCUCCCAUCUCCAGUCAUGCAGUUGCAGCUCUGCAAAGCUAUAAACACCCUGCCUGGCUUUUCCAAGCCACCCUUUUAAAUGAGGGGGAAAAAACUGGAUCUCUUUCAGAAGGGGGGAGGGAAAAGGGGGAGCAGG